AUGUUUCAGCAACAACAACAACCCCGACCGAACCGUGGCCGUGGUGGUGGUGGUCGAUCGAACCAAUCGACCCGACCCAAGACGACCCAUACCGCUGGUCAACCUUCCACCUCGACUUCUUCUCCAUCCGCCACACCUCAGCCUCAACAAGACCGGACCGAAGUAGCACCUACCGUAUCGACCCACCUCUCCACCGUACCCUUUGCCAGCCUGAGCGAUCGUGUCGACCCCAGAUUACUCUCCGCCAUCCCUUUCCCGCUGAUGAGCGAGGUCCAGGCGGCGACCCUCGGUCCAGCUCUGACCGGUGCAGACUUGCUCGCUAGGGCCAAGACGGGGACGGGCAAGACGAUCGCCUUCCUCUUACCCACGCUCAAUAGGAUCCUGGCUCAAGAGCCGAGGGCGGGGCAAGAUAAGAUCAGUUGUCUGAUCAUGUCCCCAACACGGGAACUGGCAUUACAGAUCGAAAAGGAGACGGAGAUGUUGCUCAAGAACGUCAACUCUGGUGGUAGCGGGAGCGUAGUCGGGGUACAACACGUCGUCGGUGGUACCAACAUGAAGGCGGAACACAAACGAUUGACCUCGCAGCGCUGCGACAUCUUGAUCGCUACCCCAGGCAGACUAUUGGACCACCUGACGAACAGUUCCGGGGUAUCCGGCAAGUUUAGCCAUUUGCAAGCUUAUAUCUUGGACGAAGCGGAUAGGAUGCUAGACAUGGGUUUCAGGCAAGAGCUCGCCAAGAUCAGCAAAUUCCUGCCGAACAGGGCGCAGGUCCCGCGUCAGGCGUUGCUUUUCAGUGCGACCAUCCCCGAGGGGGUCAGGGAGGUUGCCGAUCUCGACAAGAACGCCGUCUACGUCAACACCGUCAGCGAGGAGGAAGACAACACCCACGCUCAUGUAGCUCAGAAAUCGGUCAUCGCCCCCAAAUCGGCAGACAUCUACCCGACGACCUUGGCUCUCCUAUUACAGGAACUCGAGAGGGCCCCUACGACGGCCAAGGUGAUCGUCUUUGCCCCGACCGCCAGAGCUGCCGGACUAGCCGCCGAACUCUUUCGCAGCUCGGCGGUCCUCGCUCUCUUACAGGACAAUAACGGGUCGUUCUCCAUCGGAGAGGUCCAUUCGAGGAAAUCACAAGCGCAGCGCGUCAAGGCCACCAAAGAGUUUGCCGAGGCCCGACGGGGGAUCCUCUUUUCCUCGGACGUCGCUGCACGGGGGAUCGAUUUCCCCGGCGUAACCGCGGUCUUCCAGACAGGGCUCCCUGCGAGUUCGGACCAAUACGUCCAUAGGAUCGGUCGGACGGGCCGGGCGGGCGCAGAGGGACACAGUAUCAUCGUGCUCGCCAGCUGGGAAUCCUAUUUCCUGAACGGCAAGGAUAUGAGAGAACUGCCUAUCACGCCUUAUGAUCAACUCCCCAAAGAACUCUUGGAUCGAUGCAGGACCGCCGUCACCCGGGGCUUGUUGGACGACGUCACCGACGAGAGCAAGGCGCAGGCUUACCAGGCCUCGUUGGGGUACUACAAGAGCGAACUGAGGAGCCUGAGGUGGAACGUCGAUCAGCUCGUACAUCACAUGAACGAGUAUGCGAGCGAGGCUUUGUUGUACGCUGGAGGUGGUCCAGGUGCGAUGUCGCCGCCCUUGUUGGCAAAGACGGUCGGAAAGAUGGGUUUGAAGGGGACGAAAGGGUUGAACAUCGUCAAAGAGCUGCCAGGUGCCGGUGGUGCUACCGGCGGUCGAGGAGGACAAGGUCACGGUCAGGGGAGAGGAGGCGCCUCGGGCCGAGGAGGUGGACAGGCGAGAGCACCUCGGAACGCUCCUCCCGCGCCGCCCAUCCCGCAGGGUCACGUCCCCGGACAACAACCCGGUCGAGGUCGAGGUCGAGGUAACGCCAGGGCUCGGGGAGGCGGUGCCGGCUUCGGAGCUGGUAGAACUGUUGGUACGAACGGUGGAGGAUGGGGCGAUGCGGGUGCUUUGGCCGGAAGUGGGGGAGCGAGCCGUGGAUGGGGAAGCGUCUCCGUGAACAACUGGGCAUAG